CAUCCACAUGCUUUUCAACUUUCUACACAGUACCACGGAGGGCCAUUCUUCAACAAGUCCACACCAGCACCCAGGCUCCAGUCUCUCGCCCUGCUACUGCUACUGUGUGUCUAUCACGUAUCGUCUGCAUUUGCAUUUGCAUUUGCAUCCCUUCACGCCGGGCUUCUACCACGGUAUUGCAUCUUGCCAUUCCUGCUUCCUUCCUUUGCCCUCACACUUCUGCCGCCCGACGGUCUUUCUUUUCGCACUCUGUUGCGGACCAUUGCUGCAGUCGGGCUGGCUGCCGCAUAUAUUCCGUCAUCUUGACUGCUGUACUCUGUACGCUGUGGUCUGUGUCUUCGCCCUGUGACCCGGUAGUUUUUCAUCACUGGUCAAUAGGGACAAGAACCGGUGGCACGCCAGUUGACUAGCUACUUGGUAGCUACCCGCAGACGGCCUGUCCAGAUUGCACCAUAUUGCCAUCCGAGACAUAAUCUUUGCUCAUUGCAAAAGCCAAAGGCCCCGUUGCAUGGAUAAUGAGUCUCUGGCCCGACUCGUGAGAUAACACCACUACUGCGACGAUGGCAUCACCCUCUACAGGCUCAUGGCGUAGGAGGACCCAGUCCAUCAGCUCGCAGGACCGGGACUCGUCAACCCCUACUCCCUCGCUCCUGACCUCUCCCCGGGCCAAACCUCAGAAUAUCGGCGACCCACGCCUGCUGUCCACCUCGAGCUCAACCGCCCACCGGGAGCCUAUCCGUUCUUUUAUCUCUGGCACCGCCCGAGACAGUCCAGCACCCAUCGACAGCGCCCUGUACGCGAGGAGCGUCCGGGAGGACACAGCUGAGCUUGCUUCCUACUUUCUUUCAGACAAGACUCAGCGUUCCAGCCCAAACUUCCUGUCACGCCAGAGAUCCCAGUCUUCACAGCAAAGGACCGAAGAUUUGCUUGUUGGUGAGGAUGACGAGGGUGAAUCUCUAGCUGGCGGGACGGCAGACACCAUCCUAGAAGAGUCUGAGCCCCCCUCGCCUGAAGAGUACUUGGAAGACCCCCACCAAGAUGACGGUCCCUCAAUGCUCGCAAACAUGCUGAGGAGAUCACCACCAGAGAGUUACAAGGACGCAUUUAUGCCCAAGGAUGCGCAGCCUUCACAGCUCGGGCAGGGUCCGGGACUGGCUGCCCCGUUCGAAAUCCACCCAAGCUCAGCAAGGCGCGACGACAGUAAAUUGUGGGCACAAAGCGAAGAUACAGUCGCCGAGAACGACACGGAGAACACGCCUUUACUGCGGAAUAGGUCUCAUGGGAGCUCCUAUCUCGAACACGGGAAUGGUUCUGCCGCCGUCGUCGACAUCGAGAGCCAGAAGCCGCUUGAGUCCCGGAGCUGGCUGGCAGAGAGAGCGGACCGCGCAAAGACAGGCCUGCAGGGCUUCGCAAAGGCAGCUCAUGAUCCCCGAUGCUGGGAUGGUAAGGCAAUCCUGCAUACCUUGGUUGUCGAUCCUGUCAAGACCCUGCCGGCAGUGUUUGUCGGUCUCAUCCUCAACAUCUUGGAUGCCCUCUCAUACGGAAUGAUUCUCUUCCCACUAGGGAACCCCAUCUUUGCAAACCUGGGCCCGGCAGGAAUUUCUAUCUUUUAUGUCAGCACGAUCGUGUCGCAGAUUGUCUUCUCAACGGGUAGUAUAUUCAAGGGAGGAGUGGGGUCCGAACUGAUUGAGGUCGUGCCCUUCUUCCACAACAUGGCCUCCACCAUCACAUCGCUUGUUGGGGAAGACAACCCAGACGCAGUCAUCGCCACGACCAUCUUUUGCUUUUCUUUCAGUUCGCUCAUCACCGGCGCCGUUUUCUUCACCAUGGGCGCCCUCAAACUUGGGGGUCUGGUCGGGUUCAUCCCACGCCACAUCCUCAUAGGGUGCAUAGGUGGCGUCGGCUGGUUCCUUGUUCAGACUGGUUUCGAGGUCUCCGCGAGGCUCGAGGGAAGCUUCCACUAUGAUUUGGACACGCUCCGGCUGCUAUUCCGAGCCAACACCGUUCCUCUCUGGACAAUACCCUUGGGCCUCGCCAUAAUUCUGUACAUUCUAUCGAGCACCAGCAAGCUCAAGGACAACCACUACGUCCUGCCUGUAUUUAUCUGCUUGGAGCCUGCCAUCUUUUGGUUCUUUGUCGUCGUCCUCGACUCGCUCGAGCCUGAGCCACUGCGGCAAAAGGGCUGGAUCUUCGAGUCACCGCCUGCCGGAGAGCCAUGGUGGUACUUCUAUACCCUCUUCAAAUUCAACCUGAUCCACUGGGAAGCGGUGGUAGAAUGCAUUCCAGCCAUGCUGGCUCUCACCUUCUUUGGUGUAUUGCACGUUCCCAUCAACGUUCCAGCCCUGGCUCUUCAAACAGGGGAAGACCAUGCGAGUCUCGAUCGCGAGCUGAAGCUGCAUGGUCUCUCCAAUUUCCUGUCUGGCUGUGCGGGCAGCAUCCAGAACUACCUGGUAUAUGCCAACAGUCAGUUCUUCAUCAAGUCUGGUGGUAACAGUCGGCUUGCUGGAUAUCUCUUGGCCUUCUUCACUGCUGUAGUCCUGGUCAUCGGCCCGGUGAUCAUUGGAUUCAUCCCGGUCAUGAUGGUCGGUACCCUGAUCUUCAUACUGGGUUUCGAGCUGCUGCUUGAUGCGCUCUGGAACCCCAAAUCCAAACUGAACAUGCUCGAAUACUUGACGGUUGUCGCUAUAGUGCUAGUGAUGGGCAUGUACGACUUUGUUAUUGGUAUCGGAGUCGGAGUCCUGUUAGCAUUCGCCUCAUUGAUCUUCCAGGCAUCAAGAGUCUCGGCCAUCCGCGCGACCUACUCGGGUGAGGUCGUGGGGUCGACUGUCCGAAGGAACCCAUCACAGCAACACUACCUCCAGAAAGUCGGUAAACAGGUAUUCCUGAUGAAACUUUCGGGCUUUCUCUUCUUCGGCACGAUAGUCGGCGUCGAAGACAAAAUCCGCAAGCUCAUCGCUGAUGAGGAAUUCGCGCGGCGGCCAAUCAAGUAUCUGAUACUGGACCUCCAACAGGUCACUGGUCUAGAUUACUCGGCUAGUGAGGCCUUUAGCACCGUCAGCCGGCUUCUCGCGGCCAAGGAGAUCGUCCUCCUGCUGAGCGGCGUGGACACGGACAGCCCCAUGGGUCGGGACCUGCGCGCGGUGGGGCUGGGCACCAGCUCCAACGGCACGCAUGUCAUCUUCAGCCCGAGCCUCAACUCGGCACUGGAGAACUGCGAGAACGAGCUUCUACGGACAUUCUACACCAGCCAGGAGGCCUUCAAGUCUUGUAGGAAUGCGGACGUGUCUGGGCUGGACGUGCCGGUGGGGAAAAUGCUCGAUGCUGCCGACAACAACCACCUGAGCGACGACCUGUUGGGGAGCUCGCCGCGCCGCAGCCACCUGCACAAGGCCGCACAGGAGUCGAUGACGCAACGCGAGGUGAUGCGGCUUUCCCGAUGGCAGAACUUCAAGGAGCCGCUCCGGUUGAUGCUUCAGAUCUUCCAUGACCUGUCGGACCGGAACGAGGACUUCUGGGUGCGGGCCAAGGACUUCUUCGUGCGCAAGGAGUUCUACCGCGGCGACGUGCUGUUCCGGGCGGGCGAGCCGGCGCAGGGCUUCUACCUCGUUGAGAGCGGCAUCCUCAAGGCCGAGUACAACCUCCCGCAGGGGUGGCUGUACGAGAGCAUCGUGGCGGGCACGACGUGCGGCGAGCUGCCGUUCUUCUCGGAGACCAACCGCACGGCCAAGGUGACGGCGGAGCGGGACUGUGUGGUGUGGCUGAUGGACCGCGAGAACUGGGACCGGCUCCAGAAGCGCGAGCCGGACGUGGCGCAAGAGCUGUUGAGGAUAGGGCUGAAGCUGACGAGCGAGAGGAUGAGUAGUAUCACCAGCUACGUGUUGACCAUGGCGGGCUAGGGGUGCCAGGACGAAG